AUGCUACAGAAGGUCACUCUGGGUUUGCUAAAGGUUGAGAACGAAGAGAAUGCACUUGUUUGUCUCCGGAUCAUUGUUGAUCUGAACAAACAGUACCGGUCGCCACAGUACAACAACAACCAGGCGUUUGUGCGAGAGUUCCUGGAUAUAGUCUACCGUCUGUACCAGAGCUUGCCCAACACUCUGCUACAGGAUCAGCACCAAGCCAAGGACGAUGGGGGAGCUGGCGAGUAUCUGGCCAUUGUGCCUAGUAUCAGCUCGUUCAAGGUACUGACAGAGUGCCCCAUCAUAGUUGUGAUUCUGCUGCAGCUGUACAAGACAACCGUACAGGAGCGCAUCCCCUCGUUCGUGCCUCUGAUCAUACAGACGUUGGAACUAAAGCCAAAUGCAGCCACCCUCAGCAGACAGGCCUUCUCUGACUUCGUAGCGUGUCAGGUCAAGACACUCUCUUUCUUGGCCUAUGUAUUGACCCGUUUCCAAGAGGUAAUCACCCCCUACCGCGAUGUGAUCCCCCCGAGUGUAAUUGAGCUGCUUUUGAGAUGCCCUACAGACUCGGCGGCCAUUCGGAAGGAACUGCUCAUUGCCACUCGCCACAUCUUAGCCACAGACUUCCGCACUUCGUUUGUGCCGCAGAUCGAGACGCUUCUCAAAGAGGAUGUGCUUAUAGGUCCUGGUCGCACCUCCAACGAGACACUGCGGCCGCUGGCGUAUAGCACACUGGCCGAUCUCGUACACCACGUUCGCCAGCAACUGCCGUUCAACCAGCUAGUGCGCACGGUGAAGGUGUACUCGCGCAAUAUACACGAUGAAAGCCUGCCACUGAGCAUACAAACCAUGUCGUGCAAGCUGCUGCUGAAUCUCAUCGAGAGCAUAGUCAAGAAGGACGACGCUACUAACGACGGGCGGGGCCUGUUGAUUGAGAUUCUCGAGAACUUUGCCGCUAAAUUCAAGGCCGUACGCCUGUGUGUGCCCAGGCUGCAGAGACCGAGGCCGAAAAGCCCUACCAAGGUAUUCAAUCCCGGUACUUCAAAAAGAGAUGCGGAGUUGCAUGCGGAUGCGAAAACAGAGGCGGAAGCGACGGACGCUGGUCCCCAAUCCGACAAGGGCGACCUGAAAAAGGACAAGGAUGCGGAAGUGGCUGCCUAUUCGUACUUGGCACCAAUUCAGACCGUGUCAACUACCUCGGGAGACCACAGCCAGAGCCAAGACCAUGUGAAGGAUUGUCGGCUGCUGGUGAAAACCCUGAUUUUGGGUCUGAAGACUAUAGUGUGGGGCAUGAAUCAGUGUGUCAAGAAUAAGGACAAUACCCAGCCUUCAAACGGAGUUGUGGGUGCAGGGAUUGGCAUGCCUGCCAGAGCACACAGGCCCAUGAACAUCGCCCAGCAGAAGCAGCAGAUUGUUCACUUACAACAGGUGCAGGCACAAGCCCUGCAGCGCAUGAAUGUGGCCGCGAGUACUACGGCCGCCAUGACCGCGGCAGCCACCACCACUGGUCAAUACGCAGCAACUACAAGUCCCACUAUACCCGCAAUGGCGACAAACGGAGCCGCGUCCACCGCACUGUCGGGCACAACGGGCGCCAGUCCUCUAUUGCUGGGUGCAGGUGCAGGCGCAAGCCCUCUUCUUAUGGGAACGGGUGCACACCACAAACAAUUAGCAGCCGGGAACUCACCGACACAGCACCCAAACACUUCCACAACCUCCUACCCAUCGGGUCAAACCACGCCCGCCACACCACAGAGCACCAACACCAUCAGCCCUGCCAACAACGGGACAAGCUCCACCCUUUCUAGUGCGGCCCUUUCUGCUAUGGGUGUAGGGGCAGCGAGUGGGCCCAACCGGCUGAGUGCAGAGGUGAUCAUGCAUGGAACCCCCGCCGUUGUACAGCCGCCCAGAUACGUCACGGCCGACGAGGCGCAGAUAUUCCUGGGGCUACUACACGACAGCAUCGACUGCUUCAGAGUGUACUCUAUACCACUCAUUGGAUCCGCUCAGGCACAGGCACAGGCGCAGGCACAGGCGAAGGUGCAGGGUAAAGCAGGGGUGAGCAGUACGACAGGCGCAACAGCCAAAGCCUUGGUCACGGCCCCUACAAAGGAGGAGAAGGACCUGAUCGAGCACUUUGCCAGCGUGUUUACCAUGCUGGAUGCUACCACGCUGGCCGAAAUAUUCGAGACGUCGCUGGAGGUGUUGUUCGAGAAGAUGUGCGCCAACCAGGCCCUG